AUGAUGUCUCCCAUCGUCUUUCCUCGUGGUCAGUGCAACCUCAUGGAACCAGGAAAUGAUACACGGAUAUCAGAAUUUCUGCUUCUGGGAUUUUCAGAGGGUCCAGAACUGCAGCCCCUCGUAUUUGGGCUUUUCCUCUCCAUGUACCUGAUCACUGUGUUUGGCAACCUGCUCAUCAUCCUGGCCGUCAGCUCUGACUCCCGCCUCCACACGCCCAUGUACUUCUUCCUGGCCAACCUGUCCUUUGUAGACAUCUGCAUCACCUCCACCACCGUCCCGAAGAUGCUCUGGAACAUCCAGACCCAGAGCAAAGUCAUAACCUAUGAGGACUGCAUCACACAGGUGAACUUUUUCAUAAUCUUUUCAGGAUUGGACAUCUGCCUCCUGGCCAUUAUGGCUUAUGACAGGUUUGUGGCCAUCUGUCACCCCUUACACUACACGGUCAUCAUGAACCCCCGGCUCUGUGCACUGCUGGUCCUGGUGUCCUGGAUCAUGAGUGUCCUGCAUUCCUUGUUGCAAACUUCAAUGGUGUUGCGGCUGUCCUUCUGGACAGGCUUGGAAAUCCCCCACUUUUUCUGUGAACUCAAUCAGAUGAUCCAACUUGCCUGUUCUGACACCUUUCUUAAUAACUUGGUGAUGUAUUUUGCAGCUAUCCUAGUGGGUGGCGGUCCUUUCGUUGGGAUCCUUUACUCUUACUCCAAGAUGCUUUCCUCCAUACGUGGGAUCUCAUCAGCUCAGGGCAAGUAUAAGGCAUUUUCCACCUGUGCAUCUCACCUCUCGGUUGUCUCCUUAUUUUAUUGUACGGGCCUCAGAGUGUACCUCAGCUCUGCUGCUACCCAGGGCUCCCACUCAAGUGCCACAGCCUCGGUGAUGUACACGGUGGUCACGCCCAUGCUGAACCCCUUCAUCUACAGCCUGAGGAACAAAGAUAUAAAGGGGGCUCUGAAGAGAUUCUCUGCGAUGGCAGUUAGAAAAGGUCCAAUUGUCCUGCGGUUGAAGAAUUUCCCAGGAUUGCAAGCCUCAAAGUCUUAG